AAAAUCUUUGACUUGUUACUAAUGUGGGGUCCGACCAAGCGUUGUUGCUCGCUACUUCCGCGUACAUGAACGGUAUUUAUCUUGGGCACUGCGGUUAUGUUCUUUGUUUAAAAAAGUACUUUGAAAAAAAAAGUACUUUGCUAAGAUUUGGCUGCGUUUAUGAGGACAAGUGUGACAGAAAGAAGAAGUCAACAGGUUUCACAACUCUCCGUAUUGGUGAAGAUGAAGCUGAGUGGCGUCUUUGUGUGUGUACUGCUGAUUUGUACUGAUAUGUGUUGGGGGGACACACCGGCCAACUGCACGUACGAGGACCUGCUGGGGACAUGGGUGUUCCAAGUGUCCAAUGGGGGACACGAUAAAAAUAUCAACUGCUCCGCUGAAGCCACGGUUGAGAGCACGGUGAUGGUGACCCUUGAGAAGCUGUCCGUGGCCAAAGAUGAGCUGGGAAACAGCGGCUUCUUCACUCUCAUCUAUAACCAGGGUUUUGAAGUAGUCAUCAACGGCUACAAAUGGUUUGCAUUCUUCAAGUACACUGAAGAUGGCCGAAAGGUGACCAGCUAUUGUGACCAUACCCUACCAGGAUGGGUGCAUGAUGUCUUGGGAAACAACUGGUCUUGUUUUGUUGGGAAGAAAGUGAAACCAGUACCUCCACAACCUUACUAUAAGCCGGUCAUGAGCACAAGGCUCCUUCACAGGACUUUCACACCCAACUUGGACGUCAUUGAUGCUAUUAACUCGGUCCAGAACUCCUGGAAGGCUGUAUCUUAUCCAGAAUAUAAGACAUACUCGCUGCAGGAGCUUUACUAUCGAGCAGGAGGACCUGCCUCCCGCAUUCCUGUCCGUGCUCGUCCUACGCCUGUGACAGCUCAAGUCGCCAAGUUAGCUGCAGCUCUACCGGAGCACUGGGACUGGACGAACAUGGAUGGCGUGAACUUUGUCAGCCCUGUACGAAACCAAGCCGCAUGCGGUAGCUGUUACUCCUUCGCCUCCAUGGGGAUGCUGGAGGCUCGCAUCCGAAUCCAAACCAACAACAGCGAGACUCCCAUCCUCAGCCCCCAACAAGUGGUGUCCUGCUCUGAAUAUUCCCAAGGUUGUGAUGGCGGCUUCCCGUACCUGAUUGGGAAGUACAUCCAGGACUUCGGUAUUGCGGAUGAGUCCUGUUUUCCAUACGUCGGGAAGAACACUCCAUGCGGCGUCCCUCAAAACUGCGGCCGCACUUACGUGGCCGAGUACAGCUACGUGGGCGGAUUUUACGGCGGCUGCAGUGAGGCGGCCAUGAUGCUGGAACUGGUCCAGAAUGGGCCCAUGGCGGUGGCCUUUGAGGUGUAUCCGGACUUCAUGCAUUACAAGGAGGGCAUCUACCACCACACGGGCGUCUCCGACUCCUUCAACCCCUUCGAGCUGACCAACCAUGCUGUGCUGCUGGUGGGUUACGGCCGCUGUCACAUGACCGGUCAGAAGUACUGGCGCGUCAAGAACAGCUGGGGCACCGGCUGGGGCGAGGACGGCUACUUCCGAAUCCGCCGGGGAAACGACGAGUGUUCCAUCGAGAGCAUCGCGGUGGCAGCCAAGCCCAUCCCCAAACUGUAGGGCGUGCACACGCAUGGCUUUCACAGGCACAGCAUCACGUGCACUCAUAAACGUUCUGGUUCAAACUGCACUCCCACCACUUCCCGAUGCAGUAUUAUUAACAGGGGUUUAGCAUUUUGAUGACAUUAAUGAGAAUGCAGUCACAAGUCUGCAGGUAAAGUGUGAAUUAGUAAUAAUUUUAAAAAGGGAUAGAAUCAACCUCAAUAUUUUAGCAGGAUGGCAACGCCCCAAAUGAUUUUUCCUCAUUGACUUUAGGGUGGUUAGUACAGACAGACUGUAUGCUGUAAUUGUGUAAAGGGAAUAGCCAAGUGAGGCUACUUUUUAAUAUCUGCUUGUCAGGAUCUUUAUGUUUGUCUCAGGGAAUCAGGGACGCACAGCCAGUCUCCUUGAAUCACUUUCAAACCAUUUAUGUAUGUCUUUGAGGAGCCAUAUACAGCUCCACGUUUUUAAUGGUUGCAAUAAAGGGAUCUCAGUA